GCGGAGCAGCCUCGGGAGCGCGGCGCGUAGAGGGGAGGUAGGCCGGUGUGCGCGCGGGACGCGGAGUCCCUCCCGCGGGCCGGGCACGGUGAGGGGACCUGCACAGCUGGCGAACUCCGGCGGCGCCGAGGACAGCCGGGCGAGCGCCGGGGCUUUGGCGGCGCCCGGCCGGAGGCGGGACAGGAAGGCACCGGUGGCGCAGCAGCCUCGGGCCGCGCGGGGAGGGGGUUCUGCCCACGGUCCCCCCUGGGUGUGCCCCCAGCCCCAGGCCCCUCCAGAGGACACGUUUCAGCACGUCCCUGCCGCUGUCGUCUCAUCCCCUGUCAUAGCCCCUCCCCCAGGCCUGGGACCCCCGCCCCGCUGCUCCGGCCCCGUUAUUCCCAGUCCACCUCUCAGCCCCACGUCGUGCUGACCCGAGCUCCCUGUCCUGUCCCUCUCCUCCACCGGUCCGUCUCCCCGGGCAGCGAGCGCCCGGGCCGAGACCCACGUAGAAGACACUCGUCAGCACGUUCUCACUCGGGUCAUCUUAUCCCUCUGCCUAGCUCCACCCUAGGCCCUGUCCCCUCUGGCCCUUUGUCCCCGGUCCCAGCCCCGCGCUGACCGCAGGCUCCCGCUCGCUCUGGAACCGCUGCGUCACCCCAACCCCCCAGCCCCUCCCCACCCCGGCAACUCGCCGCGACCCAGGAUGCAGCCGGCAGGCAGGGCGGCCGUCAGGGAGGCGGUGGCCCGCGACUCGCUGGCCGCCGAUCUGCGGUGCAGUCUGUUCACUUCGGCCCUGCAGAGCUACAAGCGGGACUCCGCGCUGCGGCCUUUUCCCGCAUCCUAUACCCGCCAUGACUGCAAGGACUUUGAGGCCCUGCUUGCAGAUGCCAGCAAGUUACCCAACCUGAAAGAACUCCUCCAGUCCUCCGAAGACAAAGACAAGUGGGCCUGGGACCUGCUGAACUGGAUUUUAUCCUCAAAGGUCCUGACAGUCCACAGUGCAGGGAAGUCAGAGUUUGAAAAGAUCCAAAAGCUGACCGGUGCCCCUCACACUCCUGUUCCCGUGCCGGACUUCCUGUUUGAAAUCGAGUACUCCGACCCAGCAAAUGCCAAAUUUUAUGAGACCAAAGGAGACCGAGACCUAAUCUAUGCCUUCCAUGGGAGCCGCCUAGAAAACUUCCAUUCCAUCCUCCACAAUGGCCUGCACUGCCACCUGAACAAGACGUCCUUGUUCGGGGAAGGGACCUACCUCACCAGCGACUUGAGCCUGGCCCUCAUUUACAGCCCCCACGGCCACGGGUGGCAGCGUAGUCUCCUCGGCCCCAUCCUCAGCUGCGUGGCUGUGUGUGAGGUCAUUGACCAUCCAGAUGUCAAGUGCCAAACCAAGAAGAAAGAUUCCAAGGAGAUAGAUCGCAAGAGAGCGAGGAUCAAGCACAGCGAAGGGGGAGACAUCCCUCCAAAGUACUUUGUGGUCACUAACAACCAGCUCCUGCGAGUGAAGUACCUGCUGGUGUACUCACAGAAGCAGGCCAAGAGCAGGGCUUCGAGCCAGCUGUCCUGGUUUUCCAGCCAUUGGUUUACGGUCUUGAUAUCCCUGUAUCUGCUGCUGCUGCUCAUAGUGAGUGUGAUCAACUCCUCAGCCUUCCAGCACUUCUGGAAUCGUGCAAAAAGAUAAUCUUUUGGGGCCUGGUGUGGGGACCCCCUCAGCCAUGUGCCUUAUGACAACUUGUGCUGUACCUCCUGUGUCCCGCCUCUGGUCAGGGUGAGCCUGGGGGCCAGUUGGGGACCACAGGACACUUUUCAUAUGCCAUAAAUGUUUCGAUUGCCUUUGAUGAUGCUCCCAGCCACACUCCGGCCAACAGGGACUGCUGGUCCCUAGCGCAUAGGUUUCGGGGAGCCCUCCUGUCUACUCCUGCCUAAACAGUCCUAGGGAGUUGGCUUUUCGAU